CUUUAGUGUUGCUGAUGAAACUCUGAUAUUAUUCUCUUGACACGUAGCUAAGUUGGCGGAGUCCAGAGUUGAACUGCUCAACGUUGCAGACGGUCAGAAAUGUCAGGGUCAGGGUUUGACAACCUCAACACAGAUUUCUACCAGUCCAGCUACAGUGUAGAUGACCAAGGGCAACCUGCUGGAUAUGGCUACAGUAACACAGAAGAUCCCUACAAACAGGGUCAAUAUGGUCAGUAUGACUACUCCCAGCCAAUGGGAUACGCAGCCCCAGGGAUGAUGCAACCUCAGCAGCCCUACACCGGCCAGAUCUACCAGCCCACACCAGCCUUCACACCUUCCCCCACACAGUCCAUGUAUGGCAGCAGCUUUGACGACGAGCCCCCGCUGCUGGAGGAAUUAGGCAUAAACUUUGACCACAUCUGGCAGAAGACACUGACAGUACUCCACCCCAUGAAGGCAGCAGACGGUAACAUUAUGAACGAGACUGACCUGGCUGGACCCAUGGUGUUCUGUCUGGCCUUCGGCGCCACCUUACUUCUGACAGGAAAGAUCCAGUUUGGCUAUGUGUACGGCAUCAGUGCCAUCGGCUGCCUGGGGAUGUACUGCCUCCUCAACUUAAUGAGCAUGACCGGCGUGUCGUUUGGCUGUGUCGCCAGCGUACUGGGCUACUGCCUGCUACCCAUGAUCCUCCUUGCCAGCUUCGGAGUCAUCUUGUCUUUACAAGGCAUGUUUGGAAUAAUCAUCGCAGCCACGAUAAUUGGCUGGUGCAGUUUCUCUGCUUCCAAGAUCUUCAUCUCGGCCCUGGCCAUGGACGGACAGCAGCUUCUGGUGGCAUACCCCUGUGCCCUCCUCUACGGGGUGUUCGCCCUUAUCUCUGUCUUCUGAACUGUGUCUGUCUGUCAAACUCGGUCCUGGGGCCCUCCCUGGGUGCACAUGAAGUUUUUUGCCCUAGUACUACACAGCUGUUUCGAAUAACCAACUCAUCAAGCUUUCAUUAUUUGAAUCAGUUGUGUAGUGCUAGAGCAAAAACUAAAACGUGCAGCCGGGGGCGGCGCGGCG